GCCCCCCGCCGCUGGGCCGGGCAGGGCGGCGGCGGCCCCGCUGCCAACGCGGAGCAGCGCGGGCAAGGCAUCGGGAAUGGCUCCGGCGGCGACCGGCGGGAUCCCGCCGACUGCGCCAUCGCUGGGCCUGACAGCUCCCUGGCUGGGCAGCAGCUCCGCUCCCGAUGGAGUGGUUCCCUGGGUUUUGCCAAGCCAUGGCUUACAGACAACUACUUUGACACCUAAAACGGAUGGCAAUGAUGGCAAGGCUGAACACCUAGAGUAUAUUGCAUUUGCUUUGGUUCCUGUUUUCUUCAUCAUGGGUCUCUUGGGGAUCCUUAUCUGCCAUAUCCUUAAGAAAAAAGGAUAUCGUUGUACAACAGAGGCUGAAGAAGUAGAAGAAGAAAAGCUUGAUGAAAAAAUAGAAAUGAAUGAAACUAUACAUGAGAAUAGUGACACUGUGGGACAAAUUGUUAACUACAUCAUGAAAAAUGAAGCAAAUGCUGAUGUGUUAAAGGCCAUGGUAGCAGAUAGCAGUGUCUUUGAACCUGAAAGCCCUUUAUCUCCUACCUCUCCUGAGAGUCCAGGGAGUCCAGGGACUCCUUUGUCACCAGGUGUUGUUCCAUUCAGACACAGCUGCAAAGCCCAUCAUUUCCAUACUGUUGGAGGAGUGGUAGAAAAGGAUGUUUGUACUCGUUGCAGUCACAAACGAUGGCACCUUAUAAAGCCAGCUCAAAAAUCUAAAGAGAAUAGAAGAAGUCGGAUUGGAGAAGUUACAGUACUUUCUGUGGGAAGAUUUCGAGUCACAAAAGUGGAUCACAAGUCAAACUCCAAAGAACGGAAAAGCUUGAUGUCUGUUACUGGUGUGGAGGGCGUCAACGGUGAGAUGCCUGCCACGCCUGUGAAACAGGAAGUGAGCGAAGCGACUGCCACACCUGUGAAACAGGAGAGGCAAGAGAGGAGAAGCUCAGAGUAAACUGCAGGUGGAGCUAUUAGAAGUUUGUCUGCCAGCACUUCGGAGAAAACUGAAAACUCCCAAGAGAUGCAUACUAUUUAAGGAAAUGUAUUUAUGGCAAUGUAGCAUUUUACAAGUUCUGUGAUGUCAUUCCUGCAAGGUUAAACACUUAAUAGUUUUUGACCAGUCAAAUAGUAAGAUUUAGACACUUAAAUACUGUUGAGCUGUGUGGACAUCAAAACAAAUGGCUUCAUCUUGRACAGAAAACAUACAUGCAAGGUUUUGGACAGGAAGGUAAAAGCCUUAUCAAGUCUUAAACUUUCUUUGUACUUAGACAAACAUUUCUAAUGAGCAUAUUAAGAGUAACGCAAUUACCUCAUGGAUAAACUGCAUUCAAUCYAGUGGUCCAUCAGGAUUUUUAUUUUCCUUUUCCUCCCACUCCAGAAUUGACAAGUGAUUGCUGAAGAUAAAAGCCAGCCUUUCAAAGAUGAAAAUAUUCUUUUAAUCUAGCUGCUCAUAGCCAAGUAAAACAUACAAGGAAAUCAUUGUCAGCCAAAUCUGCAUGUGUGCCUUCAGUACAUAAGCCCUCAAACUCUGUGCAGGGUACUUCACAGCAGAGACUGUUCAGUUAUGUGCAGAUGUUAAAUUAAAUUGUUCCCCUGACCUGAACCUCUCCCUUACUACUUAACGUAGGCUGAAGAGCAUCUUUUCCUAUGCUUUUGGAUGAGCUCUUGGUGCAGUUACUUUCCUCAAGGCCAUUUAUUCUCCUGUUUUCUUGUAACUGCUCACUCAUAUUUGAAGAGUGCCUAAUAGUUUUGCUUUCCUUUUUUUUGUUCUUGCCCACAGGUUCCUUAUUAAGCUAAGGCAGCAUAUUUCAAACCUUAGAUAAGGAUAUGGAAUAUUUGGCAUUWAAAAAAUUGUGGAGUAUAUACUAAAGUGCUUCAGAGUGGCUUUAUUUGACUGAGGGUAGCUGUAUUUACUGGCACCAAAAUCUUAAGCCAGUGUUACUCCCUUCRUAUUUUAAAUGUGACUUACUGCUAAAAUUACCAUGGUAUUAUCAUGUUAAUUCUUUGAUUCUUUCUUUGUAUCUACAUAUAAUUUGUUCUGAGUGCYUAAGAAUAUAAGCUCUAAUGCAAUGCAUUUUCAUAGAGAUUGCACUAUAUUCUGAGGACUAUAACUUAAUCUGCUUUAUGAACUCGAUGAAAAUCAGUGUAUGUUUUUGAAAUGAAUUUAUUUUAAAUUAAUGCCUUCAAUCUUUUUAAUACAACUCUUCUAAAUUGUGUUUCUCCUUCAUAUCUGAGGAUUGUGUUUCUUCCUCAAUUUAUGCAGUGUUAACAAUCAGCAUGUACAAAGUUACUCUUCUUGCUUGUGUACUCCCAUGUCUUGUCAGAAACGGCWAGUUUUUGCAUUCUUGCUGAAAGUAUGUGCUGCUGAUGGUCUUCCUUAUGUGUAUAUCCACAAGAUACUGACUGGAUCUGUCAAUGUGUACUUUUCAGCAAUGCUACGUUUGCCAAAAAACCCACCACUACUCAYCCAAACUUUGAAAAUAAUAAAUGUUUUAUUGUUCUUUUUAAAAUGGGUAUUUUUAGAGAUAAUUGUCUGUCCUUGAGAACCCAAAAUAACUGUUUGGCUGCGACUGGAACUUCAGUGUUUAGCAUCCCCGCUUCCAUCAAUUUAAACUCAGCUUGUGAAAUCUCUUCAAUAUUUAAGUGCAACAUAAACACCAACCUCAUUGUACAGGCAUGCAUGGAGCUUCACAUGAUUAUUUGUGUGAAGAAUAUUUGUAGAAGAUUUAAYUGGCAUUGGUUGUAGUAAUUAGCUUUCAGUUUCUGAGAGAUUCGUAGCUGUGAGUAUGAAAUGUUACCARAAAAAGGAGGCAUUGGGUGAAACAGUGGUUUCAAAUCAUUUUCAGGAAGAAGAUACAGUUACAGACUGUUCCCAAAGCUUUUUCUGAAAAAGGGGCAGUUUCUCUUGAUAUCAUAUUUUGAUAUGUGAUGGGUUAGUACUGUGAAUAAAUUUGUCAAAAGGAUGGAAGAAAUUUGAAACAGCAGUAUGUAUUUUUUUACUUAUUUUAAUAGUACUUUCUAUUUUGAUUCCAUUGAAAAUAUGUAAAGUAAAAAGGGUGGAAGGAUGUUGGAUAUGUAAAACAUUGUUUACCUGUAUAAAGUAAUGAUGUAAGGUAUUACAAGAUCUGAUAUGUGCAAGAAUUGAAUUAAUGUAUUUCUGCCUAAGUAAGAGAUGAUUUAGAAACUGUGCCUAUUUUAUUACCUUUAACACUACACUGCUAUUUUGUAGGGGUAUGGAUAUUGCCAUAUUAGUCUGCUUUUCUUAAAUUUGCAUAUCAAAWGUAUUUUUAACAAAAUAGUUUAUAUGCAACUUUUAUACUACCAAGGAGUAAAUAAAAAACAUUGAUUCUUAAGCUUGCCUAUGACUUCCUUGAGUUUGCACCCAUUGAGUGAAAUUUAAUUUUUGUGCAAUCAUUCUGCCUCUUUAAGUUUUUGUUUAUGGAGGUAGUUAGAAGGUUAGGUUAUAGUGUGAUGUAUUUCAGAGCAAUUUUAUUUUCUUCAGAAAAGACAAUUGCAAAUAUUAGUUUCAUAUUUAAAUGGAAAAGAUGGUGUUCUGUGCUUUAACCCAAGCUGGUAUCUUUGAUUAAAAGUACCAAUACUUUAAAGUUUUUAUUAUAUUUGACAURGAGCUUUUAAAAAAUACUCAACAUUA